GAUCAACGCCGAUCUGUAAGCAAGUUCGUCUUGGAAAUUGACAAAAACCGAAAAAUCUGGCAGCACCAAUAUGACACUAAAGGUUCAAGAAAAGACCUUCGGUUGCACAAAAUAGAAAAUUCAAACAUAAUUGAAAAGAAUUAACUAGUAUCGUGAAAACAUGUAAUACAGUUAAUAAAAAGUUAUAGUAUUAUGCAAUAUUGAUCAAAUGAAGCAAACUUUAUCGAUAACUUCGAAAUUGCAACCCUAAAUGCAUCGGAUGGGCAAUACCAAUCUGAAGUCUACAAAAAAGCAUAUUGUGGAAGUCUAAGUUUUGUUAAAUUUAUGGAAAAGGAAUCCAAUUUAUCGGACAACUUGCAGUCCCGGUUAUUUGCACUGGGUCCUGCCCCGCCAGGAUUUCGUCCACCGGAUGCUACCGCCUUUGCCACAGCGGAGUCAAAUCUUCGUAAUGCCAUCCGCUACCUUAAUGAUACCUAUGGCGAGCUCGAUCAGCUGCGCACUGUCAUCCAGAAGGAGAAGAAUAACUCGAAGCGUACGUCCUACAAGGCGCAGUCCAUGAUGCUUGCCAUGCAAGUGAUACGUUUCAAAGGACUUAUUGGGAAGUACAGGGACAUUCUGAUUGGCCUGCAGGAUGCCGAAAUCAUCAAGGUCAAACAAUACAUAGAGCAAAUGGUGGAGAUGAGGAACAAAAUCCAGGCAAAGACCGAUCCCACACAGCGCGAGUUCCAAGUGGGCAGCUCAAUCUCACUGGUGCAGGAACAGCGCAAGACCAAGAGAAUCUGCCGCAGGUGGCGGGAUCGCCUGGUCCAGCUGACGGAGGCCAAGAUGGACAAAACUGAGCAACUUACUGAGAAACCAAAGCUGAUCAAUAAACCUAGAAAUAUGUUAAAUGCAAAAACCAACAAGUGGAAGGAAGCUGUAAGCUUGCAACAAAGCGGUCUAAUUAAAAGUGGCUGUAAGAGGUGUGAAUACCUAAGAAAGCUGACUAAGAAUCGUCCAUCCAAACUUUGUAAGGUGUGUAAAAAAUGGUCUGAUGAUGAAAAAGCAAAAGCGGCAGGAAAUAAGAAAGCCAACAAAACGCCAAUAAUGGCGAAGUCGAAAAAAUUAGAAGUACGCGUGCGUACGGAUUCUGAAGAAGCUAUAAUUAAAAUAGAGAUAGAGCAUGGUGAAUUUACCGAUGAAGAGGAAAUUGGGUCAUUGGAAAAGGAAACGACCUUAAAAGAUGAGAUCAAGGAGACUGUUGAAUCUCACGACACGGCAGCAGUUGAGGAGGAAAAUGAGACCAGUCAAGACGAUGUGGACCCCAAAGUAGUCGCUUCCUUACAAAAUUCACUGAAAUCCAUCGACUGUAAAAAUAUGGCCUUGGCCUACGUGAAGGUCUUACAGGAGUACGCCAUGUUAAAUGAUAACUAUCGGGCCAUUGGACUACUUACUGAAGUUGAAAAAUCAGUUUUAAAUCCGCCUCAGAACGAGGAUUUCGAUCUAUGAUCUUAUUGACGCCACAAAAAUAAAGUUUAGUUUUUAUAUGUAAUCUACAAUU